AUGUCGCAGGUGAAGCGCGUGAAGACGACACCUAAGGAAGCUUCCCUAGGCCUGGACUUCGGAACCUCAUCUUCAAAGAUGACAUUGGCAUACAUGCAGAGGAUCAACGACCAAGAGGGUGUCACGAUCUCCCGAAUUCCCAUCGCUGCUGACUUGGGACAUCCGGACCGAUCUCAGGAUGGUAUGGCUCAUUUCGAGUUUGUGGCAUUCGCCGCAUUGGUAGACGGCCGGCUCGAAUUUGGUCGAAGGUGUCUCGACCAAGAUACGAGCUACCCGCUCAAAACCAUGUUCUCAUACUUAGCGGGUAUCAAUCCUGAAAAGUUGAGUUGCCUUCCGGGCGGAAAUGAUUUAAUCGAAGCAACAUCUGUCCCUAGGGAAAUCACAGAAGAAAUGAUUCGUGACGUAUUGAAUCGUUACUUCAAAUGGCUUCGCGAUCAGGCACUGGUCCAAGCCACCAGUAUCAACGUCGCUAUCAAACGGCUAGUCCUCACCUACCCUACUUACCUCUGUGAAGAUCAAGAGGUUGAUGAUGUUAAUAAGUAUAUGGAGCUUUAUCGAAAGUUAAUCAUUCCACUAUGGUCCGAAUGCGAUAUCACGGUUUACUUCUUACUCCUGGAGUUCAAGUUCGCUACCAGAGGCACAAGUGUGUCUCGGGAUGUUUGCGAACCGACAUUUAAUAGCCACAACACGUUUCGACGUAGCAGCCUCUGGGAGUUUCUCCAGGAUCCGGAUGAAAAGAAUAAGCCUCUAAAUAUCGCUGUAGCCGAUAACGGGAGUAGCACUCUUAAUAUCCAGGUACAGAGUGUGUAUUUCGAUGAAGAAGGGGAGUUCCUAUGCAGCCAGUCUAACGUCGGUCAGAACUGGCGGGCAGGAACCCUGGGAGGUAGCUAUCUGUCGAAUGAUCGUGUUAAGGGCUAUAUUGAGAGGGCUAUCAAAACGCCAGACUGGCCCUCCGGUGAACUUGCGGUCCUCCUUAGGAGGUUUGAAGAGAGGAAGCGUGUGCUGGACGCACAAUCACACAACGAGAAUAUAGUACUAAUCGGCUCUCACCCUAACCGCGCCGUUUGGUUAUCACCUAAACGUAUUCAGAGGUAUAUCUGUGCUGCUUUUGACUCCGGGAUUAAAGUUCUCGAGUCAGAAGUUGAACGGUUGCUCAAGCUCGGCAGGGAUUUUGCCGUGGUCCUGUGCGGUGGGAGUUACUGCAACCCGGGUCAUUUACGCCACGUGCAGCAUUGUCUGGACUACGCCCAGAUUCGUGCACGAAGGAAGGGAAUCCGCUUAAAGCAUGCAGUCCUAGCCAAUUUCGAUCCAUCUGGGUGGCAGUCAGCUGUAUCGGCUGGCGCUGCAAUAUCUGUGUGGCCUUUACCAAGUCCAUACGAUAUCUUUCUAGGUUCCUCCGUGGGUCGGUCCGCCCUAGGGAUCCAGCGGCUCAAGAAAGAUAGAGUACAGGAAUGGAUCGGAAGCAAAAAUGUCAAAGUUCUUCUUAGUGUUGGCUGUAAUCCAUUAUCCUACUUUCAAGCGAAUGUGGGAAAGAAGACGCAGUCAAGGAUUAUAUAUCGCCUCAUUUGCGAUCCUCAGUAUGAGGAUAAGACGGGCCAGACGCCUAUCAUUGUUGAGGACCUCGAGGAAACCUUGAACGGGCCUAUCUGCCCGUAUGACCUUGGCUUCGAGGUCGAGGCAACCCAGCUCCCGCUCGGUUACUAUCGAUUCUCUAUAGAGGGAAGAGACGCGGCUAUUCUCGCUGCUGGUCAGAGGUCUGUUCGUAAGGAUACUAUUGUUUUGUGGCUUUUAUGUCGUGCGAUCUCAAGACCAGACAUCAGUGACAAGAGGUGGAAGUUGGUGGUUCAGACAGACCCUGCGACAAAACUGCUCUUCGUGGAAGAUACGCAUUGGUUUCCGGCGCGCUGCCAGAAUCCUGAAUGUCUUACGGAUUUUCAAAGGACAAGUGGUCGACGUGCCAAUCGGUGUACAAAAUGUCCCUGGUUUUGUCUCUGCUAUUCCUGUUUUCAUAGGAUGGGCAAUCGUGAGGCUCCGGAUCACGACGACACUCACAUCUUCGAGCAGGUUAUUGUGGCACCUGAGCCUAACUGA